AUGUUUUUAUGCUACGUAGAAAAAAAAGCUAAAGCUGGAAAGAGAAGACGAACCAACCCAGAGGUGCCAUUUGCUGCUGCUUUAGAGAAGAUUGUUAAUAAACUGAGUGCUGUCCAAGAGUAUUGGCCUUUUUGUAAACCGGUUUCUUCAAAAGAUGUACCUGACUAUUAUAAUUUGAUAAAGUUUUCAAUGGAUCUUCAGACCAUGAAAGAUAAUAUUCGUAAGCACAAGUAUGAGACAAGGCAGCAGUUUACGGAGCAUGUCAAUCUAAUUGUUAACAAUUGCAUCACUUAUAAUGGAUUCAACUCUGAACUAACAAAAACUGCCCAAAGGAUGUUGGAAAUGUCUAACAAAGAAAUAAAUCAAAACAGUCAAGCUCUUGAGAAACUAGAGCAUGAGAUUAAUCCACUGCUGGGAGAUGAUCCACAAGCUGCUCUGUCCUUCCUUUGUCGUAAAUCCAUUGAAAGAAUGAAAGCAGUACCUAAUUCUUGGCCAUUUCAUUUUCCAGUAUCUUCUAAGAAGUUACCAGAUUAUAGAAUGAUCAUAACUAAACCAAUGGACCUUCAGACCAUG